UCCCUUGCUUCCUCUGAAAGCAUCAGCUUUCAUGACGCGGAAAGAAUGCAGAGGUACCAAUUCUGGGGCAAGAUGAAGGUUUGGCUGGUUUCUGUGGUGAAUCUUGAGGUGAUAUUCUUGGCAGUGCCUUAUGCAAGUUUACACAUUGAACCAAGAGAAGGCAGCGUUGCUGGAGGAGCAUGGAUCACAGUAAAUUUUGAUGGAGGGGAGGACUGGAAAUCAAGUCUGUUGUAUCCCAGUGAUGGAUCUCAGCUGGAGAUGACCCUGGUGAAUACGGAAGAGUCCGAGCUGGCUAGAAUCCCUUGUGAUGUCUCGCCCAUCUUCACAGAUUUAGCCACCGUGACCUGCCAAAUCAGGUCCCUGCCUCAAGAAGCCCCAGAGGGCUUGUAUCAUCUAGAAGUGACUUCUCGUGGGCAAGUGCUAAGCAACUGGAGUGAAGGACCCAAGGACAACUCUACUUUCAAGUUUUCCAAGACUCAAACCCCUAUGGUUCACCAAAUUAACCCACCAUCUGGAGUUCCAGGAAGUGUAAUACAGAUACAUGGCUGGAUUAUCACUGGAAAGUUGGAGACCUUGGAUUUUGGUGUCGAAUAUAUUGACAGCCCUCUGACACUGCAGACCCAACUGGACACGAGGGUCACCCUCUGCUCUCUGAUCGACCGACAGACAGGCCUCCGUUAUCCAGUGCAGGAGGCUCAUGGAGUCGGGAUUCUGCAGUGCCGUGUGGAAGGCAACUAUAUUGGGUCCCAGAAUGUUAGCUUCUCCGUGUUCAACAGGGGAAAAUCAUCUGUUCACAAGGAUGCAUGGAGGAUCAGUGCCAAGCAGGACCUAUUCCUAUAUCAAACGCACUCAGAAAUAAGGUCUGUGUUUCCUGAAUCUGGCAGCCUGGGGGGAGGAACGGACAUCACUAUUGCCGGAGACUUCUUUGACCACCCAGCCCAGGUCGACGUAGCAGGUGUCCCGUGCCACAUCCGACACGUUUCUCCGCAGACGAUCAAGUGUACCACGCAGCCGGUGGUGGAGGGGGUGAGGCUCCCGGGCCUUCAGCCAGGUAACCGUGGGCUUCUUUUCGAAGUUGCGGAUGUUUCUGAGGGUUCGGAUGGAACGGAGGUCAACCCUCCCAACAAAUGGCAGGUUGUUCCCAGUGCCAGCUCGCCCCUGGGCUUCGGGUCGGUGGAAGGGCAACGCUUCAGGGCUCUACUCCGUGGCUUCUUUGUGGCUCCAGAGACAAAUAAUUACACAUUCUGGAUCCAGGCAGAUAGUAAGGCCUCUUUAUAUUUCAGCCAUUCACAGGACCGAAGAACAAAGGUGGAAGUGGCCUCGAUUCCAGCAGGCACCACUGAUUGGUUUGACUCCUGGGAGAGAAAUGGAGAUGAAGAGGCCUGGCAACCCAAGUCCCAAAAGCUGGAGCUGACUGGUGGGGUUCGAUACUACCUGGAGGCAGUGCAUCAUGGAAUGUCUCCCAGCCAGGGGAUGAGGGUCGGGGUUCAGAUCCACAACACCUGGCUGACCCCCAGGGUGGUCAACACCUAUCUCCGGGAGAAGUACCAGAUCCGAGCCAGCGCGGUCCAGCUUCCGGAGAUCCAGAUGCUGACUUUGUCUGGCCCUGGAGACUUCUGCCUCUCCUGGGGCCGUGCGGCUAGCCGGCUGGUGCCUGCCAAUGCCACUGCCCAUCAGAUCCAAGAAGCAAUAGAGGAGAUGCUGGAGGUGAAGUGUGAGCUGAAACCUCAGCAUGCCAAUGUUCUCCUCCGGUUUGGAUUCGAGCAAGGCACGGCCCAUUCCGGCUCUGAUGGGAAGCUGACUAGUGGGACAGAGCCCUUCUGUGGAAGGUUCAGCGUCGGUCAGCCCAAAAGCCUUCUCAAACUAUCUUCGACCUCAGGGACAAAAUACCAGCUCAAUCGAUAUACCCAUCUGUGCUUUGCCUAUAAAGGUGUCGUGAACAAUGUCCUGAAUAUAAGCGUGACCUUCACAAAUAUCUUCCUGGAAACUGUGAGCAAGAACCUAACCUGUCCGUGGGACUUUGGGCAGAUCCGGCUUGACAGCUGGAGGUUUUCCUGCAGCAAUCUGUGGGAUUCCUGUGUGGGCCCUGCCUGCAGCCGAUUCCUCCCACCCUGCCUGGCCAACACGCCCAUGUGGGUACGGCAGAUAGACUUGCUACCCCCGGAACCGGAGAAUGGCAGCCCGGGCUUGUUUUUUGUUGAUGAAAUUAUUGUUUCAGACCAAAACUUGACAGUAUCUCAAGCAGAUUCCCCAGCCAGCUUUCCAGGUGGGAAUCUCAUUGAAUCCCUCUUGGUAGAGGGAUUUCCACCCACCUACAAAGUGAGCUUGUGGCCGGCCAGCUGUGGCAGCGAUCUUCCCCUCAUCAGGCCAAGGUUUCUGCCCUCUGAAGGACGAUCUGAAGACCAAUUCUCAGUCAGUCUGUCCUCCCAGAGACUGCAGAGGCCAAGCCCUCCCCUCGGAGGAGUCUUCCAAAUCCAACUGCCUCAUACCGUGAUUUCAGGUGUCCCAGUGCACAUCUCUUCUGCUGAUCUUCGUCAGCUGCUACAGAGCAGUGCAGAUGACUUCUCCGCUCAGUACCUUAAAGCCAGUGAUUUCACCGUGAUAAAGGACUUAAGCUCCUGUUACCAGCAUGUGUGGACGCUCACCUGGAUGGUCAAGACUGGGGACCUGCCCAACCUCAUCAGGGUCUCCGCUGAAAGUCUCACAGGCCUGAGCCCAGCUGUGACCAUGCGACAGGUUUAUGAUGGAGGUGUUUUUCUUGGACCCAUUCUGGGAGACAUGCUUGCCACAGCUCAUCCGCUGCCCCAGGUGGUGGUGAGGGUGAAUGACAUCCCAGCCCACUGUGCUGGUUCCUGUUCUUUCCAGUACCUCGGGGAAUCCACGCCACGCGUCAGCACUGUGGAGUACCAGCUUGAGGAUGGACUUCACCUCAUGGCAUUUAUCACUGGAUCGGGCUUCCCCGCCGUCAGGGAGGAUGUGCGGGUAUCGGUGAGCCAGAGGAACUGCGACGUCACAUUUGCCAACCGAUCUCACGUCACCUGCCGGAUGGAAGCCCUGCCGGUCGGAGAGCAUCGGGUCCAAGUGUUAGUGAAGCCCACCGGCUUGGCAAUCCAUGCCAGAGGCGGGGACGCCAUCUACCUGAGCAUCAAACCCAGGCUGAGGGCUGUGGAGCCCUCUUCAAGCUCGGAAAUCGGGGGCCGCUGGGUCACUCUCCGAGGUACGAGUUUGGAAGGAGUCAGCGUGAUAUUGAUUGGGUCUCAGCCUUGUCCCAUCAGGAAUACAACCAUCAGCUCAUUGAGCAUCCAGUGCAGACUUCCUCCUCGGGGGGAUGACGGACCCACCGUGAAUGUGACCAUCAUCAGUGGGAACCAGUCUGCAGUUUUCCCAGACGCCGUGACGUAUUCCCUGUCCUUAAAUCCACUUGUCUUGUCUCUGAGCAGAAACACAAGCAACACAGCAGGAGACCAGACCCUCUUUAUCAGGACCAGUUCACUGGAAGAGUACACGGACCUGGAUGUCCAAGUCUAUGUCGGUGGAGACCCAGCUUGGGUCCGAGAGCAAGUGCCUGAAGGAUUGUAUGUGACGCUGCCCCCCCUGCCCUCGGGCUGGCACCCUGUCUCAGUUACGAUGAAUGGGGUCCGCAUCGGCUCGGACGGGAUUGAUUUGCAAAUCCAGUACCUUCUGGAAGUCUUCAGUAUCGACCCCUGCUGUGGCUCGCUGCUAGGUGGAACCAUCCUUACCGUUUCUGGAUUAGGGUUCAGCGAAGACCCAGCCUUGAUUUCAGUAUCCUUAAGCUCCCAGGCCUGUGAUAUCCUGCGGUCAACUGAGGAUACCAUUUGGUGCCAAGUGCCACCAGCCUUUCCCACAGCUAGUUUGGAUUCCCAAAAUGUUCCUGCCCCCGUGGAGGUGCGGAUUGGCAAACAGUCCAUCGCCCGUGGUCCCCUUUCCCUUGCAGGGCAGUUAAACCUGACCUUUUGGUAUCAAGCAAACUUAACUCCCUUAGUCACAGCUCUGCAAGGGGAGAUGGUGGAGGGUCAUUUGAGGCUGCGUGUAGAAGGGGCUCAUUUAUCCUCCUCAGAGGCAAUGCUCGGGAAUGUGACAUGCGACUUGGAGCUGCAGGUUGCCAAUGGCACCAAGUCUCUGGCUGAGUGCUCCUUGCCCUUGGACAGCUUGGAAGCUGGGACAUAUCCCUUCCGGGUUUUCCAGAAGCAGAUGGGAUUUGCCAAUAUGUCGGCUGGGUCACAGAACUUCACGGUAGUACCUCAAAUCACUGGCGUCUUGCCCAGCCAGGGUUCCAUCUGUGGCGGGACUCUGCUGACCGUGAAGGGCUCGCUGUUCCAGUCCAGAAGCAAGAAGGUGGAAGUUGAUCUCUCCGGGCCUUACACUUGUGAGCUCCAGAGUUUGGAAGAUGGGGAAAUCAGUUGCCUGGUCCAUCCAGGGGACAGCUCCUCUUUUGUGGAGUCUCACGUGCUGAAUGUUACGGUCACAGUCAACGGGAUAACGAGCGUGUGUCUUGGAAACUGUUCCCUUCAACUGGUGGAAGGCGCAACCCCCACAGUGGACACUUUGACCCUCAGGGAGGAUGGGAGUUUGACCAAAUUUCUGAUCAGGGGUCAGGGGCUGGCCAGGGGGAACGACAAUAUGACGGUUGUGGUCGAUGAUGAUCUUCCCUGUCCCGUCACUUUCUUCAAUGAAACUGGGCUGGUGGAGUGCCAGGUGAUUGACAUCUCCCCUGGUCACCAUCAUCUGUCAGUCUUCAACGAGAGAAAAGGGCGAGCUUGCAUGACCAAUGGAACCAGUCGGUUCAGCAUCGCUCCUCGGGUUCUCCGCUUCUUCCCCCUGAGCUUCGGGGUCCGGGGCGGGGGGCUUCUGACCCUAGAGGGUGCAGCUCUGCGGGGUCAGAACGUAACCUUGGUCCUGCUUGGGGAGGAGCCCUGCCUCCCGCUGGAUGUCAGUUCUGUGAUCAUUCGGUGUGUCAUUCCCGCGGGGAAUGGGAGCGUUCCUCUAAAGCUGGAAAUCGACGGUGUCACCUAUCCCAUGGGGGCGAUUGAUUACAAUGAAGCCACCACACCAGUGUUGCUUUUCGCAUCUCCGCCAGAGGAUCUCGUCCUCACCAUCAGGGUGGCUCAGAUCUCUGCCCCCGAGAACAUGCAGAUUCUCAUUGGGGAGUCACCCUGCCUGGGCAUCAAUGGCAACAGGACCAUUAUACGGUGCUUGGUUCCACCUCUUCCUGCCGGAGAGUAUCAGGUCAGAGGUCGUGACCUCCUAAGAGGUUGGGCCUCUUCCAAUCUGACCUAUGUAGCUAAAGUUACCAUUGCAUCAGUAUCCAGCAAUUUUGGUUGCCUGGGCGGAGGGAUGGUGCGCGUGAGAGGAGCUGGAUUUUCUCCAGGAAACAUUUCGGCUGCAGUCUGCGGUGUCCCCUGCACAGUCUCAGACAACGCAACCACCACCGACUUCAGCUGCUGGGUCCAGCCUCUCCACGCUUCCUUGGCCUUCCUGUGCAGCCUGAGAUCCUUGGAGACGAUCUGUGAAGCCUCCAGCAGUCCCGCCGUCCAGUGCGACAUGACCAUCGUGCCCGGGACGGGCAAGCCCUUGGCAGUAGGGAGCUACAUCUACCUGUGCAAAGACGGCCCAGCCUGUCCCAUCAUCCUCGAUGGCCUGACACGCCCGGCCCAGUGGUUCUCCGGCCUUCUCAUCAGCCCUAAAGUGGAAAGAGAUGAAGUUCUCAUCUAUAAUAGCUCCUGUAACAUUACCAUGGAAACUGAGGCAGAGAUGAAGUGUGAGGGUCCUAAUCAACCAAUUACCGCCAAGAUUACUGAGAUACAGAAACAGCCGGGCCAGAACACUCAGGGCAGCUUUCCCCUUCAGUUCUGCCAUGGGUGGUCCUGGGAUCACAGUUGGCUCCCUGCAGGACGCCCACGCGAUGACGACAAUGUCACAGUGGAGAGUGGCCACUCGUUGCUGCUGGACACCAGCACUGCUAUCCUCGCCUCUCUGCAUGUCAAAGGUGGCAAGCUGAUUUUUGUUGGCCCAGGACCCAUCAAACUCCGUGCCCACUAUAUCCUGGUGACUCAUGGUGGAGAGCUCCGGAUAGGUUCCCCAGAAGAACCUUUUCCUGGUACAGCUCAGAUCCAACUCUACGGGAGUUCUCAUUCCAACACCUUCUUUCCAUACGGAGCCAAAUUCCUGGCAGUGAGGAACGGGACCCUCUCCCUGCACGGUCGGGUACCAAAAGUGAGCAUCACUUAUCUGCGGGCAGCAGCCCAGGCUAAUGACACGAAGUUAGCCUUAGAGGAGCCUGUGGACUGGCAACCAGGGGAUAAAGCUGUUGUCAGCCGACUGGGCCUGGAAAGCUCUUCUCAGCAGGAAGAGAUCAUCACUGUAGCAACCGUGCUUGAUGCAGACCUCCAUCUUCAGUCACCUCUGAGGUAUUCUCAUGGCUUCGUGGAGCAGCAGGUAGCAGGGAGACGCCUCGUCCUGAGGGUAAUGGUGGCUCUACUCAGCAGAAACAUCGUAAUCCGGGGAAAUCUCACUGGAGAGAGGAUGGCUGACCUUGGACUGUGUACUGAAGCUGGUAUUCCCAUAGAUGCCUCUCAGCCCUGCCUUUAUGAGCGGAGUGAAAGGAAGCUGGGCUCCCGGGACAUGGGGGCCGUGGUCAUCGUACAGUCCUUCCCGGGAGAACCAAGCUGCGUCCAUCUGCAGGGAGUGCAGUUCCAGCACAUGGGACAAGCGUUUCGGAAACACCAGAGUGCUUUGACUUUGGCUGGGCCCAUGAGAGAUUCAUACAUCCAAGACUGCUCCGUGUGGGAUUCCUUCAACAGAGGCCUCAGUCUGUCGGGGACUUCAGGCCUCAGAGUGGACAGAAAUGUGUUCCACAACAUUUUAGGCCAUGGACUGCUAGUGGGGACACACAUGGAAAUGAGGCACCUCUCUUGGGAGUCUGUCCCCUGGAGAAAAAAUGGAGACUGGUCAGAACAGGGGAACCGAAUAAGAAGCAACGUAGUGAUUGGUGUUUCAGGAACUGAGGGACUCUCCAGUAUCGAGAACUUUUCACCAGCGGGUGUCUACAUCCUGUCCCCAGUGAACAUUCUAGAGGGGAACAUGGUGUGCUCUGCUGGGUACGGAUAUUUCUUUCAUCUCUUGACCAAUGAGACGUCCCGAGCUCCCCUCCUGUCCUUCUCUCAGAACGUCGCACACUCUUGCACAAGGUUUGGUCUUCUUGUGUAUCCCAGAUACCAUCCUUUCCAGGUUAAUGGCAGCAGCCCAUGUCUGUUUCAGAACUUCACAACGUGGGGAAAUCAAGGUGGAAUUCAGAUUUUUAGAAGUAGCAACCUGCAACUCCAAAAUUUCCAGGUUUAUUCAUGCAAAGAUUUUGGAAUUGACAUCUUGGAAAGUGAUGAAAAUACUUCUGUUACUGACAGUUUAUUACUUGGCCAUUUUACUCAAAAGGAGAGUUUCUGCAUGGCAUCUGGGCUGCAAACCCCUAAAAGAUGGGAUCUGAUGGUAUCUAACACAACGUUCGUGAAUUUUGAUAGAAACAAUUGCAUAGCCAUAAGGACCUGUGCAGGCUGCUAUCGAGGACAGGGUGGAUUUACCGUGAAGGUCAAGCAGCUCAGGUUUGCAAAUUCCCCAAACCGAGUGGCUUUUCCAUUUCCCCACGCAGCCAUGUUGGAAGACCUGGAUGGUUCUUUGUCAGGACAAGUGGGAAAUCUUGUCCUCCCAACCGUGGAGACCCUCGGAUCGUCUUGUCUGGUGAACACAAGCUUCAGUCAGGCUGCCCAGGGCAGCGUUUGCCAUGGAGGUGUCGUCUUCCAUCGCAUGACUAUUGGCUUAGACAAAGCUCCAGAUGUGAUGUGUGAUUUAACAGUGACAGACAGCAGCCACGGGAACAUCACUGUCAAUUAUGUGCCUGACACCUUAUCCAACCUGUAUGGCUGGAUGGCUCUGUUGAAGGGUCAGGAGACCUACACCUUGCGAUUUUACACCCCUUGGGUCAACCAAAGUCUCCAGUAUUCAGCAACAUUUGACCACUUUACCUCUGGAGAUUACCUGCUGAUCGUGCACUCAGACCUGCCACCUCACGUUGAUGUCCUGGUAACCUGUGGGAAAAGGAGGGGCCAGCCCUUGCAGGCUCUCCCAACUCUCAGUCAUGACGAGGGCUGUGACUGGUUUCUCAAUAGCCCAGUGAGACAACUCACCUUUCUGGUUGCAGGGGAAGGUCAAGUCCACAUCAAGCUCCAAGUGACGGAAAGUCUCCCUCCGACCACACUGGCUCCUUCUGCUGCACCCGAGGCAAGUUUAAAAUGGUCCCUUCCCCAAUCGUGGCAAGGCGUUAAGGAAGGCUGGGGCGGAUUCAAUGACACCCUUCCAUCUCCUGGUGAUGACAUCUUGAUUUUACCCAACAGGACCAUCCUAGUCGAUGUGGAUCUCCCAUGUUUCAAGGGCUUCUAUGUGCUGGGCACGCUACAAUUUCCUGUAGACCGAAGCAAUGUCUUAUGUGCGGCCUGUAUUGUCAUUUUAGGAGGGGAGCUGAGAGUUGGCACUUUUCAAAGCCCCUUAGAAACAGGACAAAGAAUUUCAAUCCUUCUGCGGGCCGCGGAGGGAGUCUACUGUGACCGCUUGGCUGGAAUUAGUACUAACCCAGGAACGAUUGGAGUUUAUGGGAAGGUAGAGCUUCACAGUGGCUACCCAAGAAAAUCGUGGACAUACCUUGGAACUGAUAUUGCCCCUGGAAAUGAGAGGAUUGUAGUCGAAGAUGUCGUGGAUUGGAAACCCCAAGGAAAAAUCAUCCUCAGCUCCUCCUCCUAUGAAGCUCAUGAAGCUGAACUCCUCACAGUAAAAGAGGUCAAUGACCAGCACCUUCAAAUCCAUGAACGCCUCACCUACCGGCAUGUCGGAAGUUCCCACAUCUUGGAGGAUGGCAGGUCUAUUUCCCUGGCCGCUGAGGUUGGCCUUUUGACCCGAAAUAUACAGAUCUGGUCUGAUACACCAUGCACUGGGAGCCUGAUUGUGGGAUCCAUUCAGCUCCCCAGUGGAGUACAAUUUUCAGGUGUCCUUCAGCUUUCAAAUGUGGAGAUUCAGAAGUUUGGCUCUCCACAGCAACCAGCCAUUGACUUCUCCACUGUCUCCCCGGGUUCCCGGAUCCUCUCUUCUGUGAUUCACCAGAGCUGUGGAGGCGGCAUUCGAGCCACCAACAGCCGUGGCAUCUCACUUCACGACAACAUCGUGUUCAACACUACGGGCCACGGCAUCGAUUUGGAAGGCGGUGACCAUUCUCUCACCAGGAACCUGGUGGUUCUGACAAAGCAACCAGCAGGGUCCCCUGACUGGGUGGCGGGAAUCAAAGUGAACAGGGCGAAUGGCACCUCCCUCCUCAGGAAUGCUGUAGCCGGGUCCGAGAGAAUUGGAUUUCACAUCCGGGGUCAUAAGUGCUCCCCGACGGAGACCCUUGGGACCGACAACGUGGCCCAUUCGAAUCUGCACGGCUUCCAUUUGUAUAAGGGAGACGGCUUUCACGAUUGUACCAAGAUCUCCAGCUUCCUGUCCUACAAAAACUUUGACUACGGAGCCAUGUUCCACCUGGAAAGUGCCGGGGAAGUGGAGAACGUGACUCUGGUAGACAAUGGUGUUGCUCUUCUGCCCGUAGCAUAUGGGUCCCCUGCUUGGCCCCCGGCUUUGCGGGAACAGCAGAUCAUCCUGAGGAGUUCCGUCAUCGUGGCCACCAGCUCCUCCUUCGACUGCAUCCGAGACCGGAUCCGGCCCCUCUCGGCCAACGCGACGGUCAGGGACCGAGCUCCCUUGAAUCCUCAAGGGGGCCGGGUUGGUGUUCUGUGGCCCGGAUUCACCUCUGGACAGAGCCAGUGGCCUCGCGAUCCGUGGCACAAAGUGAGGAACGAUCCGGCCAUCACAGGGAUCAUGAAGCUGGAAGAAGUCACCUUUUCUAACUUUGUGAAGAGUUGCUAUAGCGAUGACCUCGAUGUCUGCAUCCUGCCAAAUCCGGGUAGCACUGGCAUCAUGCAUCCAAUAACAGUGGAAAAGACCAAGAUGCUUCAUGUGAAUGAUCAGAGCAAAUUUUACUUCUGUUCUUCCCAUCCUAGGGAGGACUUGGGAUCUGAGGACUGUCUGAAAUCGAGCUGUGAAAACCCAAGAAAAUUUCUCUUCAAGGACCUGGAUGGGAGUGCUCUGAGUCUGCCUCCGCCCAUUUCUGUUUUCCCCAAGUCAGAGUCUGAGUGGACCGAUUCCUGCUUCAGCACAGGUACUUUUAGAGAAGACGGAAAGUGCAGUUUCAGGCCAGGCAUGGAAGGCUACGUUUGCAAACAGACUGACCACGCAAUCCUGGUCUUAGACAGGUUGGAGAUAUCUGAAGAGAGCAGGAUGCCACCUUUGGUGGUUUCAGUAACUGGGAGUUUCGUGGAGGCUUUCAGUAGCAUUGAUGUUCAAACCUGCUGUUCUGAUCCUGGGCCCACGCCAGCUUUUUAUUCAAUCUUACCAACCAGUCAUCCUACCACCAUCUGCUUUGGCGGUCAGACUCCUCCAGCGGUGCGGUUUUACCUCAUCGGGAGUGGAAGAGCCGUCAAGGUGGUCCUGACAGUGUUUUACGAUGAGCCCCAGAGCCCCCGGGUUUUUUAUCGAGAAAGCUUCAUCCCACCGUCUCCAGUUGGGUCAGGAGAGGGGACCGUAGGCUCCAACUACUUUAGCUUUGAGGACAACCUUCUGUAUAUCGUCCUACAAGGGGAUGAUCCUGUGGAAGUGCGCUCUGGUUCUUCCAUGUACGUGGCCUUCACCGUGGCAGAAGCAAUCAGCCAGGAGAUCCGCAUUCUGGUGAUCCAGCAACAGUUGGCCGAUUUCUUACAGGUCAGCUGCGACCACCUCAGAGUGGUCUAUUACUUGCCGGGUGCCGAAAACAACUUAAAGGGCAUAGCUGACAACGUGGCCAAGAGGAAACGCCACUGUCCCCCCGUGGCCUCUUGCCCUGGUUAUUGGAAGAGGACCAGCACGCGGAGAAGCCUUGAAGAGAAGGCAGUGGGUUGGAUGUGGCCUUCACAUCUCGAAACUGCCACCUCCUCGACAGUCAUGAUUGUUGAAAUUGGUGAUCCACCUGCUGAAGGAAGAACUGAGUCAUCUCCUUCCCUGUCGAGGCGUACGUUACAGGGUUUGACCCACCAGAUUAUCACAGCUCAACAGACUGGGAAACUACAGAAAGCUUUGGAUUUGCCGGUAGAAGCUUUACUGGUGACACAACCGACUGGAACGAUUGGGAGAAAUGCAAGCCUUAAUACCGGAAACCUAGUCUAUAUACAGCCUCACACCCUUUCUGUCCAGACCCAACCAUCCAACGGAGAAGUCGGAAAAGAGCUUCCAGUGCAACCACAUCUAGUCUUUUUGGAUAAGAAGGGCCGAAGAGUAGAAAUCUUAGGUCUUCCCUGGGAGCCAUGGAGAGUGCAAGUUACUCUUGAAGGAGCACCAGAAAUGAUGCUACAAGGAUGCACCCAAGUGGAAGUUCAAGAUGGCUGGGUGCGAUUCACCAACCUGGCAAUCUUGAAUUCUGGGUCAAACUGGCACUUGGUUUUCAAUGUGGCAUUCCCUCCAGGUGCCAACUUAACAGCCAGAUCCAGGCCAUUUGUGGUCUUACCCGUGGAAGAGAGGCACAAAUCUACUAUCAUCAUGGCUACUGUUCUGUGUUCAGCUGCCUCUUGGAUUGCUCUGUGCUUUCUAGUGCUCUGCUGGUCCAAGAAAAGCAAAACCAAAAAACCAAAGAAUGGAGAGAUUGCUGAACUUCAGAUGGGUGGCAAUAUGGAGCACCCCCACCUCCAACCCAGGCAUCCCACCCAUCUCCGGAGACCCCAGGAAAGAACUAGACAAGACCCCAGGACGAUCAGAGAAGAUAUGGAAAUGAAGACCACUGUUGGCAAGCGGGAUCAAUUUUGCCAACCAACUGUGAAUGGAGGAUCAAGAGAGACGUCCAACUGUGUUGUCCAUGAGAGAGCGGGCAAAAGAAAAACAGGCCCUCCAGCCAUGGAGGAUCUAGCUCCGGGACAUGGCUAUGGACCCAUUCCCACCUUGCAUCCUCUGGCCCCCCAGGGCGGCGGUGAGCUCGGGGAUUGGCGGGAUGCCCGAGAGCGAUCGUUUGGUUACGACCUGGAAAACAUGGCACAGAAAGACCUGCUCCUGCUGCUGCAUCCAAACUUUAGUCAAGACAGGAGUCAGAGGUCAGGGGGCACGUCAAAUAGCGAGGUCUGCCAUCACCGGGACCAGCUAUGUUGUCAGGUGGACACAAAGGCCGUCCAGCACAGCUCACUGCCAGCUGGACCUAUUUUGGAACAGCUCUGAGAUGCUCUUUCUGCUGCGGGAGCCAGAGGGAGAAGGACAGGCUAGUGACAAUAGCCGGCAAAGGAAUGCCAGGAUUCCUGACUUCCUUUUCCAGCUUUUCCAAGAGGAGUUCUGGCUAAAUCAAUCAAUCAUUUGUAUUUAUUGAGCGCUUACUGUGUGCAGAGCACUGUACUAAGCGCUUGGGAAGUACAAGUUGGCAACAUAUAACAAGUUGGCUAAAAAGCAUCACCCUUGCGUGCCUUCCAUCACUUCCAUCCUUGGACGUUUAACUCCCUCAAGACUGUAACCUCAUCGUGGGCAGGGAAUGUGUCUGUUUAU